UGCAAAUGAUAAGUCACCAGAGUGUCAAGAUUAUACUCAUGAUGGUGAUAAAGAAAUUUUAUCUGAUGAUAUAAUUGAUGAUAAUUCAGGUUGUAGGACUCCAGUGAAUCAAAUAAAAUCUGAUAAACUACUCAGAGCUGCUACCGAAAGUCUUGCAAGUCCAGAUGAAUCAAAAGAACAUAAUUGUCUUCUUGUAUUGGAUAAUUUAGAUGGAAAAAUACCUCAAAUUACUGAAAAUACUCCUGAAUUCUAUGCUGAAUUGAUGGAAAUAUGUUGGGAUUAUAAUAAGGAAAAUAGACCAACUUCUGAAGAAAUUCAUGAAAUUAUCAAAUUAACAGAAGCUAAAAGACAGGAAAUAAUCAAAUCAGACAAUUCCCUGUCAGAUAUGAAGAAUUAUAAACACCAUCCUGAAGCAUUUUACACAAGUCGUAUGCUAA